AUGUCGAACCAUCCGCGGUCAAGCCCCGCCGCCGCGAGGCCUGGCACUCCACGCGGGGCGCGACAAACAAACAGCGACGCGAACCUCCUUUCACACCCGCUCAAACGCCUGUCCCUGCACUCGGCCUCCAACACCCCGCUACCGCAGUCCCCCGCCUUGAACUCGCCCCGAAGUUCCGCUGACCUGCGCCGGACGCCCUCGACGCCCAAUUUCAAAGCCAAUGCCAUCCAGCGCAGUCCCAGUGUAGCCAGUUUCCGCUCCUCUACGCCCACCCUGGGCAGGAAGACCUCGACCUCUUCACUCCGCGGCGAUCCUCCUCGACCGGGCACUCCCCGAAGUUCCGCUUCCCGCCGGUCGUCGUUCAAUCCCAAUAUGCAGGCACCCAUGCCCAAGAGCCCGCUGGGCCCCACACAUGUAGAAGAGAAGCCACCUCUGCGCGCAUGUGAUGUCGCCGAGGAGUACUUCAAGAAGGAGCUGGCCCGACACGAGGGCAUGGCAGGCGCAGUCAAUGCAGGAACCGUCGUUAUCGUACACGACCAAUGCUAUGGCCAUCGCUUCUCACGGCCCAAGACAUCCAAGAGCCACCUCAGCUUGAUCAUGGAGCGACCCGAGAGAAUACUGGCGAGUGUCUUGGGAAUAUCUGCGGCUUACGUACGGCUCGGCGAGCGCCAUGCUGAGGGAGACAACCCGCCACAUCCACACCACAACCCACCCGAACGUGUACCUUUCAAAAUUCGCAAGACUUCGCGGGCCGUCGACAUCACUUCGCAGGUCGUCACAAACGUACACGGAACAAAGUGGAUGGGCGAACUCAAGACACUCUGCGACAAUGCUGAACGGAAGCUUGCAUCGACUGGGAAGGAGCUGGCCAGGGACACUCCUGCAGUCCAAGGACAAGCGCCCAAACAGCAACUGCACGCCGGUGACCUUUAUCUCUGUCCCGAAUCGCUCAACGCUUUCCAGGGUGCUCUGGGAGGUGUCUUGGACGCUGUGGACGCUGUCUUCCAGGGAACAAGUCUAGGCGGUGGUCCUUCUAGAGCUUUCGUCUGCAUCCGUCCGCCCGGUCACCACUGCUCUGACGACUUUCCCUCGGGUUUCUGCUGGCUGAAUAACGUUCACGUUGGCAUUGAACACGCUAUCAUGACAUACGGACUAACUCAUGCGGCCAUCAUUGACUUUGAUCUGCACCACGGAGACGGCUCGCAGGCUAUAACAUGGGCGCGUAACAAGAAGGUCCAGAACAUGCCUAAGAACACUCCCAACUGGAAGAAGACCUCGAUCGGCUACUUCAGCUUACACGACAUCAACUCAUACCCAUGUGAGGACGGCGACGAUGACAAAGUCCAGGCGGCUAGUCUCUGUAUCGACAACGCUCAUGGUCAGUCCAUCUGGAACGUCCAUCUGCAAUCAUGGAAAACACCUGAGCAAUUCUGGGAAAUUUACGAGGAAAAGUAUUUGGUAUUACUUGAGAAGACGCGUCAAUAUCUCAAACACCACACCAACCGCUUACGGUCCACGCCAAACCAGCCUGCCCCAAAGGCAGCCAUCUUCCUGUCCGCUGGAUUUGAUGCAAGUGAGUGGGAGACUGCUGGAAUGCAACGCCAUAGCGUCAACGUACCUACUGAAUUCUACGCUCGUUUCACUCGGGACGUAGUCCGGUUGGCUGAAGAAGAGGGCACAUCUGUGGAAGGGCGUGUCAUCUCAGUCUUGGAGGGCGGGUACAGCGAUCGAGCGCUCACUAGUGGUGUAUUCAGUCAUUUGAGCGGCCUCGUGGAUGGCCAAGUCUUGAAGGCCUCAGAACCAUCAACGGGCCUUUCACACUCUAUGCGCAACAGACUUAGUGGAAUCAGCAUACAGGAUGAAGACGUUCCCAUGCAGUCUGUCGAAGCGCAGCUCACGCCCCUCAGCUACGAUCCUCAAUGGUGGCAUACAGAUCGUUUAUCUGAAUUGGAUGGCCUCGUUCCGCCCCCGCCCGUACAUGUCUCGAAGACGACACGCACUGACCGUCUGGCCCAUUUUUCUUCGCCCACCCAGUCCUACGUGGCCAAAGUCGUGGAUCCAACCAAGAUCAAUCGUAGCCUUUCCGCCAAGUACGCCUCAAAUCCAUUGAGAGCGCCCACCCCGCCACCACCGGAGGUUGACUGGGCUACUGCCGCCCAUGCUCUGCGUACUUUGCUGGUACCAUCGGAUCGCCAAACUCGUAGCCACCGACCAGAGGAUUUGGCCGAGGUCAAAGCCAAAAAGGAGAAGCCUGCUGCGUCUGCUGCGGCCCCAGCCCGCACAGAUACAUCAGGGCGACAACUGCGUGGUCGUAAAGCCGCUCCCUCCUACGCUGAGCCUGGUUCGGACGACGAAAAGACAUCUCGUGUAGAAUCACGGGCGAGUAGGCGGCAGACCAUAGCCGACUUUGCACCAGCCAGCUCAGAAGCUCCAGCUCCAGCAAGCUCUGCUUCUCGUCGCAUGAGUAUUGCUUCGAGCGUCUCUUCCAUGGGCGACAACAGGGGUGUUAGUCGUGCGCCAAGUGUAGCAGCAAGCCGGAGAAGUGUUGCGCCUUCUGCAGCUCCAGCUAACGGAGUUGCGAUAAAGAAGGCACGAGGCUCAACAACGACGGCAGCUGCAGCAGCUCGUGCGCCUCCACGUCCAGCCGUUGCGAGAAUGCCUUCGACCCAAUCUGUCAAGCCCAGUGCCCCAAAAGACAAGGAGAAUGAUGGCAUGGACGCACUUACUUCAGGCCUAAAGCGGGUUACGUUGAAGAUGCCCUCAAAAGAGGAAUAUGAUGCACGGGAGAGGGAGAAGGCUGAGAAGUUGAAGGCUGCCGAAGCACCGAAAAGAACCACUACCCGAAAGCCACCAGCUGCUCGCGCUCCUCCGACAAAGCCUGCGACCAAACCCGCGACAACCGCAAAAAGGGGUCCAGGUCGUCCAGCAAAGACUUCCAAACCUGCGUCCCCAGUUCCCGAGGCCCCGCAGAUGCAGGUAGCUGCUGCUGCGCCGCUCGAGCAGCCUCAGCCGGUACAGAUGGAUUCGUCUACUGUCUUGCCACAGCAGGAAAUGCAAGCUUCCAUGGAACAACCUCCAAUCGAUCGUCGAAUCUCUGGCGGAAUUGUGCAACCACCCACUGAGUUGCAUGACAUGGCUAUAACACCCGAGCAAAUCCGUGAACAGCUUCCCAUGCCAUCUUUCGUCACUGUAACAGAGCCGCUCAAGGAUGUUUCACCACCUUCCCGCGCCGAUACGCCUCCUCCUCCACCCCCGUCGAAUCUAUCAGAGUUUGUCAACUACACUGCGCAGAAUUUUGGCGGAAACUCAGAGUUCGUAACUCCGCAUGACGCAUCGGAUCCUCAGGCCUCGGCAACUUUGCAGUGGGUUGCCAAUACACAUGCUGAGGAUACAAGCAUGCCUGGAGUUCCACUCAUGUCACCGCCAAGCAAGAGGGCUGAUCUGCCUGUUUUCACAUCAAACGGUGCGAUACCAUUCGCAUCAAACUCGAACGGAGCCAUGAACGCGCACUCGAGGGCGGAGGGUGCCGGUGCCGAAUUGAAGAAAGAUGAAAAUGGAAGGGAUAUCUGGGACAUACCCGACACGCCAGCUCGUUAG